UGCAACAAGAAGAGUGAAAGUAUUUUCUCCCUACACUUUCUGUAAUAACAACAGGACCGUACAAGUGGUCAGGAAGACUUCUUUUUGACGGACUUUCAGUAAACUAAAUACAUAUAAGAAGAAACAUGGCGCUCACCGAUGCGGACGUACAGAAACAGAUCAAGCACAUGAUGGCCUUCAUUGAGCAAGAGGCCAGCGAGAAAGUCGAGGAAAUCCAUUCCAAGGCUGAGGAGGAGUUCAACAUCGAGAAGGGUCGUCUGGUGCAGACUCAGAGGGUGAAGAUCAUGGAGUACUAUGAGAAGAAGGAAAAGCAGAUUGAGCAACACAAGAAAAUCCAGAUGUCCAACCUGAUGAACCAAGCAAGGCUUAAGGUGCUGAAGGCCCGUGACGACAUGAUCGCCGAUUUGUUGCAUGAGGCUCGUCAAAGACUUGCAGAGAUUGCCAAGGACCCUGCUAAUUACUCCAUCCUAUUGGAGGGCAUGGUGCUUCAGGGAUUCUUUCAACUACUUGAACCCAAAGUUACCAUUCGCUGCCGACAGCAGGAUGUAGAAAUGGUUCAGGCUGCCGUUAAUAAGGUCGUCCCUAUCUACAAAGAGGCAGUGAAGAGUAACAUCAUCGUCAAAAUCGACCAGGAGCGCUUUCUCCCGUCAGAGAUCUGCGGAGGAGUUGAAGUGUAUAAUGAUAAUGGGAAGAUCAAGGUUUCCAACACUUUGGAGAACAGGCUUGAUCUUAUUGCACAACAGAUGAUGCCUGAAAUCAGGGUGAACUUGUUCGGUGCCAAUCCCAACCGCAAAUUCACGGAUUAACGCUGGCUUUGAAGAGAGCGGCGAGGACAUGGGUGGAAUAUAUAAGGUGACCACAGACCAUCAUCAUCAUAGUGAGCAAGAACAAGACUGCACAAUUACCUACCAAUCAUCGGGGUCAAAGAAAGCUCUGAUUUACUUAAUGGGACGCUACUGAUGUGCAUACAUCUUUUUAUUUUUGUACUAAUGGACUGAAUUCAACAAGUGCACUUAUGACUAUGUGUAAGUGCAUUCUGUUUUACCUCUCCAGGGAUGUCUAAAGGACUGCUUUAAAUUGUGAUGGCAAAUAUGUGUUCCCUCAGUUGUUUUGGGAUGUCUGUUACUCUUAAUGUGUUGAUUAAUGUAAUCAAAGCUACAUAUUAUUUAGGUCACCAAAGAUACGCAUUUUCCUUUCACAUACUAACUCUGUGGGCCUUUUUGAUCAGUCUGUUGCAUGGUCUAAAGUGCACUUGCAUUUAUGGUGUGUCCAACUCCGCUUUUGCUAAUUAAUGGCACAUAAUGUAUGCACAGUAAGGCACAAAGGGCAAAGGGGUUGUAUUUAGUCCCUUGAUUAAUCAUAGGUGUGUUUUGAGUGUAACAUGAACUCAACCAAUCAGUGUCAUCUCCCUUUUCCCUAAUAAAGCCUGGUGCGCCUGCAAGAGCAGCAAAUAAAGUGGGACAUUUAAGCAGCAAAACAAAAAACUGUAGUUAUAAACUUGACAGAGAAAAGAGAACAAAACGUUUAGCUUCUGAAAUAAUCAAUGUUGCGCUGCUCCUUGUGCGUAAAUACCCACAAGUCUCUCUUAAUGGUAAGGCGGACAGCAGCUCUGCUCUCUGCUACGUUCACAUUUGAAAGAAUGUGAUUAAUAUUUCCUCAUUAAUGAUGUAUAACUUCACCCAACAGCAACCCAGCCACGUGCCCCUGCGUGUUUAACAAGCAAAGCAUUAGCAUGUUGUGAACCUGCCUACGUAGGCGCAUCUUACUAUCUCCAUUAUUCACCCUUUAAAUGGCAGGAAAAUGCUGCGCUAUUUACUUUAGAGCAGGUUUUGUUGGACAAUACUGCAAUCCUUUUCUGCUGCCUCAAAAUAGCAACCUGACCACACCUCAUUUAAAACCCACACACCCAUGGGCGCACAGAUGAGCCCAAGUGCAUUUACUACUAACACAAGAUGGGCGCUAUUUAUCAAAAUGACAGUUACAAAUUUGACUGUGUGUAUGUGUGCGUGUGUGUUUGUGUGUCUGUGUGGAUGUUUACCAUUGUUCUGAAAGCACUUAACAUACAAAACCCAAAGAAAUAAACGUGUGUGACACAGAGAAA